CAUCAUCCUCCGUUUCCUUUUCAUCCCUCCCGCGUUUCUCAUUCCUCAGAAAACCUCCGACCGAACCAACAAUAAAGAUGUCUUCUUCAAAGGACGACGUGCUCCAGUUUCUCGACUCGCUUGACAACGCCCCCACGGACGCGCCCUCAACCUCAAGCACCUCCACAAACCCAGGUGACGGUACUACAGCCUCGCUUGACAAAACCACCGCCGGUGCCGGCACUUCGGGCGCACAGGACGAACAAUCCGUACUCGACUUUUUAGACGAAAUCACUCAGUCGGCUUCUUCGGCCACCACGCCUGCAGCGACUGCGGACUCCAAGGUUAUCUCGCCACCAGGGUCUCAGGGAAAGCCGUCGAUGUACGACGGGUCCGCAGCCUUGCCUUCGAGGUAUCUACAGCAGCAACAGCAGCAACCAGCCCAGCACCAGCAGCAACAAGCAGCACAGGCACAGGUGGACACGAGAGCUUCAUGGCUGGGUAGUUUGUGGUCGACGGCGUCUGAGGCGGUGAAGACGACGCAGACGGCCGUGCAGCAUUCAGUCAAGGCGACGAUGGAGAGCCAGACGACGAAGAGUCUUGAGGAGCGCGUCAAGGGAUUCGUGAAUGCUGAGAACAUUGGCAAGAUUGGCAACGACCUGAAAUCCCUGACCCUGAGCUCGAUGACCACAGUCCUUGAUGUGAUCGCACCCCCAAUAGCCGAACACGAAGUCGUCGAGAUCUGGCUGGCCCACGACAUGGUCGGCUACGUCGGUCUCGAGGCCAUCGUCCACAGAGCCUUUUCCAAAGUCAUGGAACAAACCGACGGCGGCGACGUGAUCGUCCAUCAGGGCGCCGGGACCACCAACCCCUCAGACGACAUUGCCCCGGAAGAUCGACAACUCAAUGCAUGUGAGGGUUAUGAACAGGCCGUCAAGCUCGCCAAGGCUAAUAUCGAGCAUCUCGUCAAGACCCAUUACGAUGCCGAGAAACAUACAGCAGAAGCAAAGAACCCGAAUACUAAUGCAUCGACUUGUCCAGUCUUCAUGGCCAUCCAGCCCUGUCGCGUGCCGCGUCACGGAUACAACGCUACGGCGUCAGAGAGCACCAGCGUUAAGGCCAUGGAGAAGGAUACGUUUAUCUCCUUCGUCUUGGUCCUGCAUGAUCCCACACACAAGCUUGAAUUCGAGUCCUGCUCACAGAGCAUGCCUGCUCAGUGGUUGUUGAUUCCCUACGAGGAGAACGAGUGGGUCGAGGACCGGAUGGUGGAUUGUAUUCGUUUGGCUGUGGGUGUGAUUGCUCAGGAUUAUGUCUGGACAAGGAUGAAGGGCGACGAGGUGCAGAGACUUCAGAUGCAGGAGGCCGAGGCCCAGGCGAAGCAGCAGCUUUUGGACCAGCAGCAGAAGCAGGAGCAGGAUGCCAAGGUUUCUGGGCAGGCUGAACUCAAUACUCCCAGCAACGCAUAAAAGACAGCUGUCAGGGGGGGAGACCAUUGAAGAACGAGCGGAUGACUCUUCUUCACGAAAGGGGGGUUGAGCGAGACCGCAGAUGCAAAGGCAAUUAGGCGUGAUAUUAUACAUAUCCUGCUUCUUCCUAUCUGCACACUGUAAUAAAGAAAACCAAAAACGCGA